UUUUGUAAAUUCGACUGAAGCUUUUCAACACUCAACACACAAUUUCCAUGGAUUCCCUCUUCGCAACCUACGCUUCUUCAGACGAAGAAGACAACAAUCCUCAACCACAGCCCUCCUCAAAACCUUCGCUCUCUCUCUUCAAUUCUCUCCCUAAACCAAAACCCCAAUCUUCUUCUUUUCUCCCUCCUCCCAAAUCCUCCCCUUUUCCCCAAAAACAACACGAUUCUUCUUCUUCAACCCCAUCUCCAAAUCCGUCUUCUUCCGCAAUAUUCUCUAUCCUACCUCCUCCUAAAUCCGAAACAACCCCUAAUUUCCCUCUUCCUACUCCUAAUCCCAAAAGGGUGGUUCAAUUUCGCCCUCCUGUCCCAAUCCCACCUCCCAAUGUUGACGAUGACGAAGAGGAGGACGAAGAAGACGAAGAGGAAAGGGACAGAAAGAGGCAACGGCAAUUAGGUCAAGAUGUUUCCGUUAAAUCCUUCCUUUCAAGGAUGCCUACCCCGAAAAACUCCGGGCUCGGCGCGCUGCCGCCUUCGCUUGGGUCGGGCCGUCGAUCAAUUGUCGAAACCGAGGGACCGACAUCGGCCCCUGUGAGCUCCGAGAUUAAUAGGGUGGAUAAUGAAGUGGGUUUUGGAUCUGAUGUUGGUAGUAAUCAGCAGAAUUUGGCGGGGGAGUCUAGUUAUGAAGCGGAUCAAAUUCAAGGGUAUGUUAAUUAUGAUGCUUAUGGAGGAAGUUCGAGUGGGUAUGAGGGUUAUGAUAACAGCAAUUGGUACAAUGCUGCUUCAUCUGGGGAAAUGGCUUCGACGGCGGCGGUGAGAGGGGCGGGGGGCUUUGCUAGUUUGGGUGGGAGGAGAAGAAAGGAUCAACCACCAGCAGAAAUUAUUGAGGUUAAGCAAGAUGAAUUGAUGAAGAAUCGCCCAAAGGAGGAUAAAUCUAAGUUAACUGGAUUAGCAUUUGGACCUUCUUAUCAGCCUGCCUCAACCAAGGGGAAACCAUCUAAGCAACACAAACGAAAGCAUCAAAUAAGUGCUUUGUACUUUGAUAUGAGGCAAAAGGAAUCCGAACUUUCAGAACGGCGUGCUAAAGGGUUUCUCACUAAAGCUGAAACACAAGCAAAAUAUGGAUGGUGAAAAUUUGCUCAUCUUCUAGCAAGUUUGUAUAACCUCCUUCAUCGAUCAUGUUUAUUUCGAUAUGCUCUUUUGUAAUUGCAAGUUUGUAUUGUGACUUGUGAAACAUGGAAAGAAAUCUUGAGAAGUAAAAUUUCGAGAUUUCUGAAUCCUGAUGAUGCAAGUUCUUACCGAAUUCUUAGGGACAUUCCUAUCCUAUACUGUAAAAUUAGUAUAUUUUCUGCACCUUUUGGUUGAUUUGUAUCGAGUUAGAUGGUAGUAUAAAAGGGUUCUAGUUUUAAAUUA